GCUCAAAAGAGCCAGACGGGCCCAUCUGACCGAAGGACCUGGCGAUUCCCUCCGCGAAACUUCGCGUGUCCCCGGCGCGGAGGAGUCGUCGAGCUUGAGCCCUGCGAUCCGGAGCGAAGGAGGAGGGACGGCACGAGUUUCCCUGGUUCCGCCUCCGUUCGCGACGGAGCAUUAAGCAUGCAGAGACUGCGGAGGGGGACGUCCCUCUUCGGCAGCUUGGCGGCGCCUCAAUUGAAGAAGAAAGCCCUCAAUUCGUGGGCCGCGGUUCAGGACACUUUUUUCUCCACCAAGGAUACUUUCGAGAGGCACCGGGUGGUGUUCACUGUCGGAACUUCGAUAGCUUCCGUGGCGACGGCAUGGGCAGGUUAUUCUAUACGCCACUAUCACGAAACAAAAGUUGAUGAAAGGCUUGAAUCAAUAGAAAGAGCUAUGAAGAAUAAUUAUCAAUUUGAACAUGAGGAAAUUAAGAAGAUUGUUGGUCGAGAAAGUUUCAGUACUGCGGCUUAUAUUGCCACUGCCGGUACCACUUUAGUGAUUGGCUAUGCCUUGGGUUGGCGAGGUGGAAGAUGGCACGCAAAUAGGAAGUUUAGAAGGGAGCAGAUGAAAUUGUUGGGACAGUUAAAGCCGAGGAGGUGGGAAUUGCUGGGCCAGAUAAAGCCAAAAGGUUUGAAACUCCAAUUCCUGAGAAGAUCAUUGAGCAAGACCCAGGCAGCCGAGACCACAACCAAGGCAUCCGAGAAUUUACUAGAAGAUGCUACUGCUGCGCGCAAUAUCGGAGAGUCCACUCGCACUUGUUCACAGUUAUAGAGCUUGGCAGCUAAUCUGUCACCACUUCUGCUGAUCCAAGUGAUUGACAUUGUGUCCUGCGCAUACAAGAAUUCGUUGGGAUAAGAAGUUUGGCGUGCUUAUUGAUCUCAGAAGAGGGUCCACUUUUUCCUUUCUUCUCUUUUCCUGGAGAUGGGUUGGCUGCAACUAUAUUUUGUGCAUACGAAAGAUGUUAUCUAGACAAGGGGAGAACCUUAGGAUAGCGUCAUGGCUCGUGUGUCCUUUAUUCUUGUGGGAGCGCUGUUUGCAAAUUGCAUACGGGAUUGUUACUUGCAGGCCUCGUUCGGUAAGUGGGGAGUUUUAGGAAGGGACUGGGGAUGAGGCAUUAGUUUGCCAUGGAUCCGGUCGAAUGGCGGGGGAAUGAGAAUGAAUCGUGGGGAUGGAAUGCCAUCAUUUCGGGGACUUUUUUUCCCGUGUCAAAGUUAGAAAGAACAAUAAAUAUUUGUACAUAUGAAUUUCGUUUUAUUUGUUUUAUAAAAUCACUGUGAGUUUAAAAUAUAA